AUGAGACACCUGGGAACCAGAAGAUCUCACACACCUGCUGCAGGAAACAGCCAAUCAGACGGGGUUUCUGACAACAGCCAAUCAGACGGGGUUUCUGACAACAGCCAAUCAGACGGGGUUUCUGACAACAGCCAAUCAGACGGGGUUUCAGCUCAUUUUCAGUUCUUUCUUCUUCAUGUGACCAUCAUGCAUCCAAAGCUCGUGCGCUCAGAGUUGCGUUCGGACGUCGUUGUUCAGACGUCUCUGAGGACCUUCGGCGGUAACCACGGCAACAACAACAUCACCAGCGUCGGCAACCGCCUCCCGUUCGGCAUCCUCUCCCCCAACACGCCGCGCGGUGGAGUGGCGCCGCUCCGGGCGCCGGGCCGCGAGAACGACUCGACCGCGGAGGACGGCGAGGCCCCGGCGGACGUCUGGGCCGUCAUCACGCCGGGACACGUCCGGGAGAAGAUCGCCAUCUUCGCCUCGGACGACGAGGGCGGCGGCGGCCGGCGUGGCGCGCCUAACGGGGGCUCCGGCGCCCGUGCGGCGCCCACGAACCACGCGGCGAUGACGGGACUCUUACGCGCCGCCAAGGCCAAGGGAACCCGGGAGGGUAACUGCGGCGCUAAGCGGCGCCGCCGGUCCGGUAACGACCAGCAGGACACUCAAAAAGCGUUGCCAGGGCGAUGUGACUCGGGCGGCGAGGCGGUGGCGGCGGAGCAGAAGGUGUCGGUGGUGGAGAUGGUGGCGUUCCUGGAGCAGAGAGCCGGCCACGCCAAGCCGCUGCUCGCCCUGCAGAGAAGCUCCGCCUCCAUCACGCUGUCCAGAGCCCCGCCCCCUGAGGGCAAAGGGGCGGAGCCAGAGAGGGAGCAGGGGGCGGAGCCAGAGAGCGUGCGGGUGUCGGACAUGGUGGCGCGGCUGGAGUCGUCGUGCGUGAAGCGCCAAUCGGCGGGAGAUCUGUCGAGAAACAACAGCCUGCGGAGGAUGGUGGGGCGCGUCCUGCUCGCCGCCCCCGGGGACCAGAGCUCCGCCCCCUGCCCGCCGUCAUCGCCAUCAUCGAUUACAUCAUCGACGGACGGGGAGCCAAUCGCCUGCUCAGAAACAGCCGUCUCAGCCGUGGCUAGCGGUAGCUCUGAAGACGAGACGCUGGACGCCACAGAGACUCACACACAGACCCCGCCCCUCUCACAUGCCCCGCCCAUCCCACAGACCCCGCCCCUCUCACAGACCCCACCCCUCCCACAUGCCCCGCCCAUCUCACAGACCCCGCCCCUCUCACAGACCCCACCCCUCUCACAGACUCCGCCCCUCUCACAGACUCCGACGGCUCCAAAAGUGGAGCCUCUACCUGGCCUGUUGUUCCUGCUUCCUGCCUCUAAGCCCCGCCCCCCUCCGGCUUCCUGCGACUCUGGCAGCCAAUCAGAGAAGAGGAGGAAGAGGAGGAAGGCGGACCGAGCUCAGCAGCAGGCGCCGGUUCCGGGUGCGGACGCCGCCGGCUCGUCGCCCCCCCGCCGCGCGUCCCCAGACUUCCUGUCGGUGCGCCAGCGGCUGCAGCAGCUGUUGGCGCCGCAGCCGUUCCUCGCCGUGCUGCCGCACCACGUCCUGCUGAGCAUCCUGGCGCUGCUGCCCACGCAGAGCCUCGCCGCGCUCAAGUGCACCUGCCGCUACUUCCGCUCCGUCAUCGAGGACUACGGCGUGCGGCCCGCCGACUCGCUCUGGGUGUCCGACCCACGUUACCGCGACGACCCCUGCAAGCAGUGCAAGAAGCGGUACGGGCGCGGCGACGUGCCGUGCCGCUGGCACCACAAGCCGUACUGCCAGGCGCUGCCCUACGGCCCCGGCUACUGGAUGUGUUGCCGCGGCGCGCGCCGGGACGCGCCUGGCUGCAACGUGGGUCUCCAUGACAACCGCUGGGUGCCGGCGUUCCACAGCAUCAACGUGCCGAUGUACCGGAGAGGCGGCGGCGACGGCGACUGACGCGGCGGCAGGAAAUGAUUGAAGACGUAGAGCAACGCCCCCCCGCUGGGGGGGGGUGGGUGGGUGUGUGUGUGUGUGUGUGUCUCUGUGUGUAUGUGUGUGUGUGUCUGU